GUUUACCGCACUGGUUCCGAUUUGUGAUUUUAUCGAUAUCACAUCUCUUCUGAAAUUAAAAUGAUGGAUCAUUCUCAGUUAGAGAGGAUAUAUGAAAAUAUCCACCCGAUACAUGGAAGAAAAAUCGGACAACUACAGCACUAACUGAAGGAAAAAUUUGAAAGAAAGAUGAUGGAUAAUUCUAAAUUAGGAAAAAAUGAUGAAAAUGUCCACCCAAGAACAAAUGAGGAGUAUACAAUCAGACAAUCACAGCUUGAACUGGAGGAAAUAAUUGGAUCCGGAGAAUAUUGCGUCGUACAUAAGGGUUUUUGUACACUAAGGAAAGAAGGUAGAGUUCCUGUAGCCAUACGGAAGAUGAAAGUCAAUGACGUGUCAACAGAGGAGGAGCUCUUUGAAGUAGCUGAUAUUAUGAGAAAUUUAUUUCAUCAACGAAUUAUUCACUUAAUAGGUCUCUGUGCUGCUGAAUGUAUGACGUUCGUGUUAGAAUUAUGCCCAUGUGGACCUUUAAAUCUGUUUUUAAGGAACCACAAGUAA